CACGUUCCUACCUCAGCAGCCCCACUUCACAUCCCUGGUCAGCAUUCCGGGUAUAAUGGAGAAUGGUCUUAUGCCAGCACAGAGAUAUUCUGCUGAGACCAGUGAACUGAAGGAGGCCUUGCUGAAGAUCCUCCCUGAUUCUGAGCAAAAACAGAAGAUCGAUGAGAUCAUGGUAGCUCAGCCAAUUCUGAAUGAAUGUGAACGUUCUUACAGGUGUGAUGUUGGACCUACGUCUGGGCAUCAAACUGAAUCCCUAGUUAUGGGGCCUCAGAGAUUUAGCGAGAUGCUGAAAAUACCAUUCAAGCUGGAAUUAGAAAAUGAACCCGGCAGAGCCGAUUUAAAGCAUAUUGUUAUAGAUGGAUGUAAUGUUGCAUUUACGUUCCUACUACAAUUAGCAGAGAAGACAGGGGGUGUCCUUGUAAGCAAUAAUAACUUCAGAAAGUUUGUGAAUAAGUCAGUGUCCUGGAGAGAAUCUAUUUCUAAAAGAUUGCUUCAGCACAGGUUUGUGGGAGACGUAUUUAUGGUUCCCGAUAACCCUCUGGGAAGAAAGGGGCCUCGGCUAGAUGAAUUCCUUCGAAAGGAGGGAUCUGUUAGAGACACGCAGCCUCUACUCAGUGCCCUGCCAAAUGUGGACUGGUUUUCCCGGAAUCAAAACACCCAAGUAGCUAACACCAGGCACCAGCCUCAAUAUGGGAACCUGAGAGCCUCUUCAGGCCCUUGGCCCCCUCAGCAGCCCCACUUCACAUCCCUGGCCAGCAUUCCGGGUAGAGAGAAGAAACAUCUCAUGGCAGCACAGAGAUAUUCUGCAGAGAUCAGUGAGCUGAGGGAGGCCCCGCUGAAGAUCUUCCCUGAUUCUGAGCAAAGACUGAAGAUCGAUGAGAUCAUGGUAGCUCAGCCAAUUCUGAAUGAAUGUGGACAUUCUUUCAGGUCUAAUGUUGGACCUAAGUCUGGGCAUCAAACUAAAUCCCUAGUUACGGGAAUUCAGAGAUUUAGAGAGAUGCUGAAAAUACCAUACAAGCUGGAAUUAAUAGAUGAACCCGGCAGAGCCGAUUUAAAGCAUAUUGUUAUAGAUGGAUGUAAUGUCGCAUUAAGCCAUGGUCUGAAAAAGUUCCAACUACACUUAGCAGACAAGACUGGGGGUGUCAUUGUAAGCAAAGAUAACUUCAGAGAGUUUGUGAAUGAGUCAAUGUCCUGGAGAGAAAUACAUUCCAAAAGGUUACUUCAAUACACUUUUGUGGGAGACAUAUUUAUGGUUCCCAAUGACCCUUUGGGAAGAAAGGGGCCUCGGCUAGAUGAAUUCCUUCGAAAGGAGGGCUCUGUUAGAGACACGCAGCCUCUACUCAGUGCCCUGCCAAAUGUGGGCUGGUUUUCCCGGAGCCGUAAAAACCAAGUAGCCAACACCAGGCACCAGCCUCCAUCUGGGAACCUGGGAGCCUCUUCAGGUCCUUGGCCCCCUCAGCAGCCCCACUUCACAUCCCUGGCCAGCAUUCCCGGUAGAGAGAAGAAACAUCUCAUGGCAGCACAGAGAUAUUCUGCAGAGACCAGUGAGCUGAGGGAGGCCCCGCUGAAGAUCUUCCCUGAUUCUGAGCAAAGACAGAAGAUCGAUGAGAUCAUGGUAGCUCAGCCAAUUCUGAAUGAACAGGAACAUUCUUUCAGGUCCAAUGUUGGAGCUAAGUCUGGGCAUCAAACUAAAUCCCUAGUUACGGGGGUUAAGAGAUUUAGCGAGAUGCUGAAAAUACCAUACAAGCUGGAAUUAAAAAAUGAACCCGGCAGAGCCGAUUUAAAGCAUAUUGUUAUAGAUGGAUGUAAUGUCGCAUUAAGCCAUGGUCUGAACAAGUUCCUACUAUACGAAGCAGAGAAGACUGGGGGUGUGAUUGUAAGCAAUGAUAACUUCAGAAAGUUUGUGACUGAGUCAGUGUCCUGGAGAGAAAUUAUAGCUAAAAGAUGGCUACAAUACACGUUCGUGGGGGACAUAUUUAUGGUUCCCGAUGACCCUCUGGGAAGAAAGGGGCCUCGGCUAGGUGAAUUCCUUGGAAAGGAGGGCUCUGUUAGAGACACGCAGCCUCUACUCAGUGCCCUGCCAAAUGUGGACUGGUUUUCCCAGAGCCGUAAAAACCAAGUAGCCAACACCAGGCACCAGCCUCCAUCUGGGAACCUGGGAGCCUCUUCAGGCCCUUGGCCCCCUCAGCAGCCCCACUUCACAUCCCUGGCCAGCAUUCUGGGUGGAGAGAAAAAACAUCUCAUGCCAGCACAGAGAUAUUCUGCAGAGACCAGCAAGCUGAGGGAGGCCCCGCUGAAGAUCUUCCAUGAUUCUAAGCAAAAACAGAAGAUUAGCAAGAUCAUGGUAGCUCAGCCAAUUCUGAAAGAACUAAACAUCCUCUCUGGCCUGGUGUUGGACAUAAGUCUUGGCCGAGAGCCCAAGCGUGAUGUGGACCCAAAUGAGCUGCCAACUGGACAACCAUGGUGGAAAGAAGCCUUCCAGAGUGAAUGGGGCUGCUCUGGAUUUCCUAACAAAUGA